AUGCAGCUCUUCAGGCUCUGCGGCAAGCGCCAAAGACUAGCGCCAGAUGCUGGACCUCAGGAGGAUCUGGCAGCGCAAGAUCCUGCGACCAGACUAAGGACGGGGGGAGGUUCAGAGCUGCUGCAGGUGGUCAGGCGGGUAGCAGCAGAGCUGGGAGUCCCUUACGAGGGCGAUGCCUUAAGCUUAGACUCCGCUGCUGCCGUGCGCUUUGCUGCCGCCUUGGAGACGCAGCUAGGUUGGCGUUUGCCUGCUACGCUGCUUUUUGACUACCCCAGUAUCUCCGAGCUCGUGGAUCGAGGGCUACAGCCUAGAGAUGGCACGAGCUCCUUUGUGCACGUUUCCGCGUGCGAGGGCGGCCCGGGCGUUUUGAUCUCGGCUUGCUGGGAAUUGCCGGGGGCCAGCAACGAGGUGCUGUGGUCCAGGCUAGAGAACCAGGUGGAUGAAGUGCGGGAGAUUCCGCUUUGCAGGUGGGAUUGGACGGAGACCAAUACCUCCGAAUCUCUAGGCUAUCGGCACGCCAGUUUUCUCGAGGGUGCCGAGCAAUUCGAUGCACGCUUCUUCGGUCUGACAGCUGCAGAGACGCAGGCGGCAGAUCCGCAGCAACGGCUCUUGCUUUCAACAUCUUACCGUGCCUUGGCCGCUUCCGGCCAUGACAAGGGCACUUUACUUGGGACUCCCGUGGCCGUGUUCGCUGGGAUCAGCAACCAGGACGGUGGUACCACGCGUCCUUUGCACAAGCUCCAGGUGCUUACACCGGCACGGGCACUGCCGCAGCGGUGGCUGCGAACCGCGUCUCCUUCGCCCUGGGCCUCCGGGGGCCCAGCGCUGCCACAGACACCGCCUGCUCCUCUUCGCUCAGUGCCCUUUCGGCAGCGGCGGAUUGGUUGCGCAGACCGUCGCGGCAUGGAGGCCGGCGUAUCCGAGAGUCAGUUGCAGCCGGCUGCGAGCUGCUGCUGGGGCCUAACUCAGUGCUGA